GGGAGGCGGGGCCGGCCGGCGGCGCGGGGGGGGGCGCGGGGCCGACGCGGAGCGGCCCGAGGCGGUGGCGGCCGCGGGGAGGAGGCGGCGGCGCGGGCCCCGAGCCGCCGAGACACCCGGCCCGCAGCGCGCCGCCCGGAGUUAACCACGUGAAACUUUUCCCCGCGGCCCUCGGCGCCGCAGCUCCGAGCCGGCGCCCCCCCGCCCCCGCCGGAACCGCCGCCCGCGGGGGGGAAGGGGGGGGGAGGCCCGCGGCUGCCCCCACCGCAGCGACGCCGCCCGUCGGGGCGCGGCCGGGCGCGGGCCCCGGGCGAUGGCCGCGGAGCUGGCGAUGGGCGCCGAGCUGCCCAGCAGCCCGCUGGCCAUCGAGUACGUCAACGACUUCGACCUGAUGAAGUUCGAGGUGAAGAAGGAGCCGCCCGAGGCCGAGCGCUUCUGCCACCGCCUGCCGCCCGGCUCGCUGUCCUCGACGCCGCUCAGCACGCCCUGCUCCUCCGUGCCCUCCUCGCCCAGCUUCUGCGCGCCCAGCCCGGGCACCGGCGGCGCGGGCGGCGGCGCGGGCGGCGGCGGCGGCGCGUCUCAGGCCGGGGGCGCCCCGGGGCCGCCGAGCGGGGGCCCCGGCGCCGUCGGGGGCGCGUCGGGGAAGCCGGCGCUGGAGGAUCUGUACUGGAUGAGCGGCUACCAGCACCACCUGAACCCCGAGGCGCUCAACCUGACGCCCGAGGACGCGGUGGAGGCGCUGAUCGGCAGCGGCCACCACGGCGCGCACCACCCGGCGGCCGCCGCGGCCUACGAGGCUUUCCGGGGCCAGGGCUUCGCGGGCGGCGGCGGCGGCGCGGACGACAUGGGCGCCGGCCACCACCACGGCGCGCACCACGCCGCCCACCACCACCACCACCACCACGGCGGCAGCGCGGGCCACGGCCACGGCCACGGCGGCGCGGGCCACCACGUGCGCCUGGAGGAGCGCUUCUCCGACGACCAGCUGGUGUCCAUGUCGGUGCGCGAGCUGAACCGGCAGCUCCGCGGCUUCAGCAAGGAGGAGGUCAUCCGGCUCAAGCAGAAGCGGCGCACGCUCAAGAACCGCGGCUACGCGCAGUCAUGCCGCUUCAAGCGGGUGCAGCAGCGGCACAUUCUGGAGAGCGAGAAGUGCCAGCUCCAGAGCCAGGUGGAGCAGCUGAAGCUGGAGGUGGGGCGCCUGGCCAAGGAGCGGGACCUGUACAAGGAGAAAUACGAGAAGCUGGCGGGCCGGGGCGGCCCCGGGGGCGCGGGCGGGGCUGGUUUCCCGCGGGAGCCUUCGCCGCCGCAGGCCGGGCCCGGCGGGGCCAAGGGCGCGCCCGACUUCUUCCUGUAAGCGCCAGACCCCGAGCCCGCGCCGCCGUCGCCGGGACAAGUUCGCGCAGGCCGCCCGGGGCGGGACUCGGACUCCGCGGUCCCGGACGCGCUGGCCCCGCUGCGAAGUCUGCGGGCGCGGGGCUGGAGGCCCCUUGGCUCCCGGCCCCGGUUCGCGCGCGUUCCGCCCGGGUCGCCGCCCUGACGUUGCGCGGAGGACGGUGAUUUCCAAGGAAACUUGAGCCAGCUCUAACUUCUUUCCGAGCGUCCACUUGUACAUACGUCGAGCGCGGUUCUCCGUUCCCACCGUCGCCCUGGCCGCCGAGGGGCCGCGCAGCCGCCCGUCCCUUCCCGGGGAGCCCCUGCCUGCGCCGGCCCUCCGCCUCCCUUCUCGUUGCUCCUUUGCCUUGCCUUUUUAAACUCCUCCUCCCCCUUUCAAAAUCAGUCUUAUUUUCGAAGUAUUUAUAUUUAUUAUGCUUGGUGAUUACGAAAGAAAACCUCGGAGGAAGCCCCCUUCCUUCCCCAGCCGGCUCCGCCCUCAGUCGCGAGUCGCAGCAUGUGUCGCUCGCCAGCAGAGGCCCGGCCCCUGCCUGCCCCCUCCCCGCCUGCCCCCGACCCUGCUACUGGCGUUCCCUGGGGUGAAGCCAGGGACGUCCCCUGUGCUGUGUCCAGGCCUGCUGUCCUACUAUGCUCAUGGGGGGAGGGGGGUGGGUCCUGUGCUCAGCCGGGUGGGGCUGGCCCGGACCCCGAGCUGCUGUCUCUAUGCACCAGAACGUAUCUAUGACUCCUGGGAAAAUAUAUCUUAUUUUAAUCUUCAAGAGAAGUGAAAGAAAAAAGUAAUGCAGAGUAUUUCUAGCAGAAAAAAAAUUUUUUUAAGCGGAGGCUUUGGCCAGAGCCUCCUGGCAUGGGGCGGGUGGAGAAAGUGUUUUUAUUUUAAUUUAAAUUGUGAUUCGUUUUGUUUGUGGAGUCUUUCUUUAAUGCUUCAUCACUUUUUGGACUACCGGGGAGAGCCAGCGAGGAGGCGGGUGCUCCGGCCCCUGUAGGCUGGGCCGGGCCCCUGGGGGGACCUGCCCAGUUUUCUGGGGCCCUCAGGGGCCUUCUCUGGGAUUGCAGCCGGUCCGCACCCGUCCCUUGAGCACUCGGAGUGGAAGACGCGCCGACUCGUUGAAAGUUUUGUUAUGUUGUUGGUUUUCGUUGUGUUCUUUUUUCAUUUGCUACGAAACUGAGAAAAAGAAAAAAAUACACAAAAUAAACCCGUUUAGAUCCAAGUCA